AUGUAAUUUAUUAAAAAUUUUAUUAGGGUAAUACUUAACCUUUUAUAUAUUUUUAUUUUUAUUUUGAAAGAGAAUUUAUUUAGGUGAAUUCUGGGAGUUACAUAUAUAAUUAAGAGAAUUACACAUUUCUUACAAUUAUAUAAUUCUGGGAAUUAGCACCUGCCUAAAUGUGAGUCAAGAAGAAAAAAAGUGCUUUGAUAGUUCUUGUCAAAGUUUGGAAGGACCAAAGAACAUGUCCAAUUCUUUCCAAUUUUCAUUUUCUCUCCCUUUACUUCUACUUACAAGGACCAUUUGUAUUCUCCCAAUGUAACCAAUAUUCUCAUGCGGUCUCCUGAUUGUUUAAAAUUUCACAUUUUAGCACUUAAAAUAGAGAACUUCAGUUGAAGGGAUCUUAAUUAGCUAGCAUGGUAGAAAGAGACUCAUGUGAACUGGUGGUCUAUAUUGGGUCCUAAAUGUGGGACAGAACAUCAGGCCAGGACUGGCAAGAGAAAGUCGGAAUUUCUUCACUAAAUAGAUAAAUUGAGCUAUGGUGGUAAAUUUGUUGAUGGGAACUCAUACCCACACCAUCAAGGUUUGCUUUUAUAGUACUGAAGAGCAUUGAGAUUUUUUUUUUCCUGUGGAACAUAUGCUUAAUUUUCCUUAACCCUAAAAUGAAUAGUUUGUAUUCAGUGACCUCUAACUCUAAAUCCUUAUGACUAUGUGAAUCAUAGUAAUAUGACCAAACAUACACUCUCCUGGUUCCACUUGAGCCUCCCAUUCAUUGGCUAAAUUAAUCUGACAGACAUAUCCCCCAACUAAUUUUUUUUUCAAUUCUUGGCUCAAAUCAGGAAGGGAACCUAUUUUUUGAGGAUUCUUAGACCAUGCUGGGCUCUAGGAAUGGAUCUAAGGGAUUAGAUAUUUUAAUAAUAACUAUGAAAUAUUUCCAUGAACUUAUAAUAUCCUUUCCUACCAUGCCCAGCGGCCAAGCUCAUUUCAUUGCAAAAAGCAACAUAUGUGGGAUCUUCCUCAGGAGGGCAAAUUAUGCUGAAAGUGACUUUUCAUGAGUGGUUCCCUUAGCCCAGUAAAUUCCUAUGCAACCUCAGCACUGGAAGAGAUGCUCCAUAUUGGCCUUAGAGGGAACAGGCCAACAAAAGGUUGCAUUAAGAGGGGAGCUUUCGACUCUCCUAUACCAUGUAUCUUCUGAAUCAGAUGUAGAGAGAGUAUUACAUCUUCAGAGAAAAUGAAGGACCCUGCCUGGGUCAAUGGCAGAUAUCCGCUUCUUCUUUAUUCCUCUUCCCUGAUGUCUUUUCCAAGGAUUUGAUUGGAGAGCCCAAAAUGGACUCUUUUCUAAGGCACUAAAUUUUGAGGUUUAACAGAGUAAACAUUUCAAUAGAGUGUAAAAAGAGAAAAGCAGAGGAUCUAAAAAAGUCAGCCUGUGUUCUUAGUUUGGCAGAUGAGGAUAUGUUCACAGCACAGGAGGACCCAUGGAAAAUUCUACUUUAUAAUUUCUUAGCAUUUGAGUCAAGGCCCAAGUCAGGGAGAAACUAAUGAAACAAUUUUACUUUCUUACCUCAGGUGCACCACCAACCAAGAGCACUCACCUUACCACGCACGCAGUCUCUCAAGCUCCUUCUGAUGGAUCUGUCAAUCAAACACUCAGCAGCAGUCCUGCUGUCCUUACCACACUCAUCGCUGAUAGAGCGAAUAAAUCAACAGAUCAUAUACCAGAAAGGCUUACACCCACCUCUUUACCUGCAGACUCGAGCUCUGCAUCAGUAACAGAUCUCAAUCCAGCACGCAACAGCUCUGCUGUCCUUCCUACACUCACUACUGCCAUCACCAUCACUGAUAAUACUUCAGAUAUUUCUGAUCCUCCAAUUGCUCCAACAAUCAUAGCCACAGCAAGCAAAUCCUCAAGCACUAUCCCUGUCACGGACACUUCAACAAUAGCACCUAGUUCAAGACCUGUUCUAUGUGAUCGAUUCAAAAAUAUUUCUGUGACUUAUGAAUACAAUUUUAGAAAAUUUACUGCAUGUGUUAAUAUUACUGAAAAUGAGACCAGAUAUUUAUACCCAACUUCUGAUGGUUGCUAUGGUAACCUCACUGAAUGCUCUUCGAUCAAUAUAUAUGUAAUACCAUGCCCAAAUGAAAACUUCACAUUAUAUGUGCCACCAGCUAAAGAUCAGUUCAACUUGGUAAACAUAACAGAAGUUGAAGAAGCAGAUACUUCUAUUAGUUUAAGAUGGACUUAUAACAGGAAUUUCGAUUGCACACAGCCUUUAAUCUUCAGUUUUGAAUGUAAAGAUCCAAAUGGCACAAUACACUCAAAAAAAUCAGAACAGUACAUGACAAAAUUUAAUAACUUGAUCCCUGAUACUGAUUAUAUUUGCCAUGCUUCUGUUAAUUAUGAACGCCAUCUUGUUCAACAAGACCAAAUCAACAUUAAAACAGACUUUAGAACUCCUGGGGAGACUACCAAUUUGACAUUAUCAGCAACUGAAACAGAAAUGAACAUUUCUUGGGUGGCUCCUUCUGGCACUUUUCAUGGUUUUCUCAUCCAUAGUAACAGGUUUUCUGAAGAUAUAAAACUAUCAAAUGCUUCAACCAAUCAUAUUCUACAAGACUUGCAACCUUAUGAAAUGUAUGACAUAUCAGUAAGAGCCUUCACUUCAGGAAAAACACAACGAUAUGGAAAAGAAGUGACUGAUUCUGUUCGAACAGAUAUAGGAAAACCAAGCAAGGUUAAUGACAUGGAAAUAAAAUUAGAAGGUGAUAAUCUUAUAAAAGUUGAAUGCAAAGAGCCAGAUAAAAUAUAUGGCCCCAAAUUGGUCUACCACUUGAAUAUGACAUCUUUGUAUGGUCUGAAAUCAGAAAACAACUCAACUUGCAAAUUUAUAUUCAACAAUCUUCAUUUCAUGACCAAUUAUACAUUUAAGCUCUACACUUACAAUGGGAAGCACUAUGGAGAUGCAGUUGUUAAAAGUGAAGUAACAAGAUAUAAUUCCCAUGCUUUGAUCAUGUUUCUGAUAUUUUUGAUUGUUGUGACAUCACUAGCCUUAUUAAUAGUCCUUUAUAAAAUCUAUGAUCUGCACAAAAAAAGAUCAAGUAGUACAGAUGAACAGAUAGGACUUGUUGAAAAAGAUGAUGAAAAACAGAUAAUGAAUGUGGAGCCAAUCCCUUCAGAGAUGUUACUGGAAACAUAUAAGAGGAAGGUUGCUGAUGAGGGAAGACUUUUUCUGGCUGAAUUUCAGAGCAUUCCAAGGAUAUUCAGCAAAUUUUCAAGCAAAGAUGCACGCAAACCCUUUAACCAGAACAAAAACCGUUACGUUGACAUCCUUCCCUAUGAUUAUAAUCGUGUUGAACUCUCUGAAGUAAAUGGAGAUGCAGGAUCAGACUAUAUAAAUGCAAGUUAUGUGGACGGUUUCAAAGAACCAAGGAAAUAUAUUGCUGCACAAGGUCCUAGAGAAGAAACUGUUGAUGAUUUCUGGAGAAUGGUCUGGGAACAGAAAGUAACUGUUAUUGUCAUGGUGACUCGCUGUGAAGAAGGAAACCGGAACAAGUGUGCAGAAUAUUGGCCAACAGUGGAAGUGGGCACUCAAACAUAUGGAGAUGUUAUUGUAAAGAUAAAUGAGCACAAACGGUGUCCAGAUUACAUUGUUCAGAAACUGAAUAUUACAAAUAAAAGGGAGAGAACAAAUGGGAGAGAUGUGACACAUAUUCAGUUCACCAGCUGGCCUGACCAUGGGGUCCCAGAUGAUCCUCACCUGCUCCUCAAGUUGCGUAGAAGAGUUAAUGCCUUCAGUAACUUUUUCAGUGGUCCUAUUGUUGUCCAUUGCAGUGCUGGUGUUGGCCGUACAGGUACCUACAUUGGAAUUGAUGCUAUGCUUGAGGGACUAGAAGCUGAAAACCGAGUGGAUGUUUAUGGUUAUGUAGUCAAGCUUCGGCGACAGAGAUGUCUGAUGGUUCAAGUAGAGGCUCAGUAUAUCCUGAUCCAUCAGGCUUUAGUAGAGUACAAUCAGUUUGGAGAAACUGAAGUGGGCAUGUCGGAGCUACAUUCCUAUCUAAAUAACAUGAAAAAGAGGGAUCCACCCAGUGAGCCUUCCCCACUGGAGGCAGAAUUCCAGAGACUUCCUUCAUAUAGGAACUGGAGGUCCCAGCACACUGGAAAUCAAGAAGAAAAUAAAAACAAAAAUAGGAAUUCCCAAAUUAUUCCAUAUGACUUUAACAGAGUGCUCUUGAAACAUGAAUUGGAGACCAGCAAAGAGAGUGAGCAUGAUUCAGAAGAGUCAUCUGAUGAUGAUAGUGACACUGACGAGCCAAGCAAAUAUAUCAAUGCUUCUUUCAUAACUACCUAUUGGAAACCUGAAGUGAUGAUUGCCACCCAAGGGCCAUUAAAGGAGACAAUUGCUGACUUCUGGCAAAUGGUCUUUCAAAGAAAAGUCAAAGUUAUUGUAAUGUUGACAGAUCUGAAAGAUGGGGAACAGGAUGUCUGUGCCCAGUACUGGGGAGAAGGAAAACAGAAAUAUGAAGAUGUGGAAGUAGAAAUAAAAGACAUGAACAAAACUACAGCUUACACCAUCCGUGUAUUUGAACUGAGACAUGCAAAGAGGAAAGAUGCCCGAACAGUUUAUCAGUAUCAAUAUAACAGCUGGAAGGGGGAAGAACUUCCUGCCUCUCCUAGAGAAUUAAUCUCUAUGAUUAGAAACUUCAAAGAGAAACUUCCAAAGAAACAUAGCACUGAAGCACAAAAACAUCACAAGACUGCCUCUCUUCUUAUUCACUGCAGGGAUGGGUCACAACAAACAGGAAUGUUUUGUGCUUUGUUAAAUCUUCUGGAUUGUGCAGACACAGAAGAUGUAAUAGAUGUUUUUCAAGUCGUGAAAUCUCUGCGCAGAGCCAGGCCAGAAAUGGUUUCAUCCUUUGAACAAUACCAAUUCCUGUAUGAUGUCAUUGCCAACACUUACCCUGCCCAGAAUGGACAAGUAAAGAAAAGUAGUCACCAAGAAGAUAAAAUCGAAUUUGACAAUGAAGUGGACAUACCAAAUCAGGUUGCUAACUGUGUUAGCUCAUCUGCUGAUCUGGAUAAGGCCCAAGACAAAAGCAGAAAGGCUGAAGAGCCCCAGAACACAGAUGGCACUAAGGAGACAGAAAGCUCUUCAAAUGGUCCCACAAGUACAACCUUAACAGAAAGUGCCUAGGGAAGUCCAUGGAUCCAGGGUAAUUAAGCCUUUGACUUCGUUUGAAGGUCUUUUUGAAGUCUACGGAUCCAGGGAAUCUAUGAAACUAGUGACCCUAGUAUUUUUUAAUCCUUGUGAUAGUCAUUUUAUAUAUUUUUAUGAAAUUCUUUGUAUAGUUCAGUGGUCAUUCUAAACAUUUUCUUCUGUUCACUAAGGAGCUUGCUUUGUAAGUUCUUGUUGAGUUCUUUUUUGUUUUAAGGAGAUAAAUUUCAAGGGAAAGUCACAGCUUUCAGAGAAGAGUAACUUAUGAACUAUCUUGGAUUGCCUCGGUGGAAAAAACUGAUCUGAUUCAGGUUUGUUAUUUAGUUUGGGAUGCAUUAUUUUAGCAGUUAAAACCAGUGCAGAACAUGUAUUUUGAAAUGAAAAUGAGUACAUUUUCCAGAAUGACCUCAAGAUGUCCCCAUUGUUCUAUGUAAACUAAUUUUGAAGUUCAAGGGGCUGUCUAAAAGCAGUAGUAUAUGUUUGUGUAAAGCUUAUUAAGGAAAUACACUGUAUUGAGUCUUGGCAAGCCUAUACACCAGGUGUUAGUAUUUAGUCCACUCCUUUUCCAUGCUUAUUUAACCUAAUUUAAACAGGGUUAACAAAUGAACAUAUUUUGCUGUCUCCAUGUAGUGUAUACAAUUCAUCUGAUAGAAACCACUUUCUGUUUAUAGGAUUUGGAAUUAAUUACUUAGUAUAUUUACAUAUCCUGUGCCACCCCCACCCCACCAAGUCUUUUGUUGUUUGUUACAAUUGAAGUCAAAUAAACAUCAUUUAAGAGAGACAAAUUCAAUCAUUACACACAUAGUAUGGAAACACUGGAACUGCUCAAAUUCAUUUGUGCAAAAUAUUUAUUCCUGAAAGGAUUUUCUAAGAAAUUCUGUAUUUAGUUUAUCAAUAAAGCCCAGCCCAGAUUACUUGCUUGUGUUUAUCUUAAUGGAUGCCAAUAGUUCACUAUCAAAACAUUUACUUCAAAUCUUUCAAAUGUUGUUUUUUAGAUAUCAAAUGAAAUCAUUGCAAAAUUUUAGAAUGAAACCACUAUUCUAUUUUGUGCACAUAAUUGAGUUAUACAUCCUGAUAAAUGAAAAAUAGCAUGUGAUAUAUCACAAAUGUCAUACAUACUAAAACUUACCAAUGGAAAUGCAGUUGAAUACAAGCAAAGGAUAUUACAAACUUCAAGUACCCAUAAAUAUAAUCUAUUUUCAACAUUAUUAUUAUUCUUGUUGUUCAUAAGAAAUAGAGACCUAAAAGUCCUUGAUAUUUCAUUUUAGAACCUUUAAAACAAGGGAGAAAAGAUAUCUCCUUUUAAAGGAGAUAUCUCCUUCCCUCUGGUGAGGGAAGGUCACUUUCAUUGGUUAUAUAUUGUAGUCAUGUUGCCAUAAACUUAAGACUUGCUGCGCAUUUUACAUUCCCAGAUUGUCCAGCUUCCAUUGCUUCUCAUUCUCUCCCUAUAUUCAAUGCUAUUCCGCAAACAUUUAAAUGCCUACUAUAUGACAGGCACUGAGCCAUGUUUAUCAUGUUCACCAGCUUACGACUUUUUAUCAUUAUUAUUAUUACUGUUAAUAUUAUUAUUUGCCAUUUUUGACAAAGGAAAAACGUCUGAAAGCACCUUAGGAAGGACUGUAAUAGCAAGUUAUGAUUUGGGGUAGCAAAUUUUGGAAACCUCCUUAGUAGUUUGUACCAGUUCUAUCAUUUAUCACAUCAGGUUGGAUCCAUUGCAAUGAUUGUAAUACUAUUUGGCGCCUCAAUUUCUUCAUCUGUACCUUGAGCUGGUAGUUUCUAGAGAGUGUGUGUAAAGUACUGUCUGGUCUUCAAGUAUCGGAGAUUUGUGGUUUCAUAAUUGGGUCUAUAUUCCAUGCCAGGUCUCUAAUUAGUAGUUUUGUGCACUAGAACACAACAAAAAUCAUUUUUCUCUGUAAUUCAACGUGUGUAUUUCUCAUUGUGAUUUAAAUCUGUGCUAUAAAUCAUAAAAUAAAGAUUAUUUUUUAAAAAAUU